UCGAAGAGGCUACCCUUUUCUUCCGUUCCCAUCUCGCGUAGCCGCCGCUGAAAAAAUUCCCCUCCCCUCCCCGUGAAACCCUAGCCGCCACACAAGAGCCAAAUCCCGCCCGCCGAGAUCCGUUCCGUCGGAUUUCCUCCCGCGAAUCGAAGUUUCCCCGUCGAUUCGCGGUCGAUCUUAGGGCGGGGCCUCUCGCCGUCGCUCUCGCGUCGCGGGAUUCACACCGGCCGACGACAUGUCGAGGUGCUUCCCCUACCCGCCGCCGGGCUACGUGCGAAACCCAGUGGCCGUGCCCCCCGUUGCCGUGGUGGAGACGACCUCUAAGCUCCAGAAAGAAAGGGAAAGGGCCGAAAAGAAGAAAGAGAAAAGGAAUGACAAGAAAGCUUCCCAUCGGGGUGGCGAUGAGACAAAACAUUCAAAACGUAGUCAUAAGAAGAGAAAGCAUGAAGAUACCAACCUAGCUGGCUCAGAGUCCAAAACUGCCUCCAAAGAACUAUUUGAGCAGUUGGAGAAGAGUGGACUCUCCGAAGAGCAUGGAGCUCCUUCUUUCAUUCAGACAGUACAUGGAUCACCAGAGAGCUCUCAGGACAGCAGUAAGCGAAGAAAGGUGGUACUCCCAGGCCCUAGUCAAAAUAAGAAUGGGACAUUCCUUCGCAUUAAGAUCAAAAGAGAUCAGGAUUCUCCGUCAGCAACGUUGGAUAGGUCAAGGGUUCUUCAGCAACCACCUGUCCAACAAAUUGCUACACCUUCAUCCUUGUUGAGUAAGCAGAAUGCAGUUCAACCUCGCAGGGAUGUUACGGCAAAGUCGGCUGCAAGUCUCCAGCAAAGCAUCAAGAGGGAUUCUCAAGCUGUUCCAAAACAAAUGGAUGUAAAACCCCCUGCAACGAUCUUGCCAAGAGUUUCUUCCAUGACAAAUAUUGCCCAAAAGGUGGAUCUCCCAAUCUCUGCGAAAAUCACGCAAAAGAUAGAUCCCCCAACCUCAGCGAAGAUCAUGCAGAAGAUGGAACCCCGGCUGUCUGUUAAUGCCACACCUUCAUCUGCUAAGGUGAGGGGAAGUGCUGAUCCUUUGCCUACACAGCUGACACGACAAGUUGUUCCUCCACCUGUCAAGGCUGCACAGAGAGUCACUCCUGCCAAGGUUAUUGACACUCCUCCCGUGAAGGCGUUGCAAAAGGUUGAUCCUCUGGUGCCAUCCAAGGUGCUCAGAAGAGAUGCUCCUCCACCUAGUUUGCCGGUUUUGCAGAAGGAAACAGUAAAAGUUGCUGCUUCCCACCAGCCAGACAGGCAGCAGCAGCCCGUUUUGCACAAACCAAAGGCGCCUGUAGGCACUCCCCUCAUCAAAGAGCAGCAGGCAAGCACCUUGCCCAAAGAAGAGCCUUGUUCCUCUGGCAGGAACACUGAAAAAGUUAAGCAGUCGAAGUCUGAUCGUAAGAAGAGCCGCAAGGCUGAGAAGGAAGAGAAGAAAGAGAGGAAGUUCCGAGAUCUAUUUGUCACCUGGAAUCCACCUUCCUUGGAGAUUGUAGAUACUGUGGAUCUCGGCGAUCAGGAGGAUUGGUUGCUUGGGGGUGGAAAGAAACCUGAUGCCAGCAUCAGCAGCAGCUGCAAGGCAAGUGACGGUUUGGCACCCAUGGAGCUGGAGUUUUCAUGGCAACCAAGGGCCAUUCAUUUGCCUGACCUUCAUCUCUAUCAGUUGCCAUAUGUUGUUCCUUUUUAGGUUUGUGUAGGAAGACUCGAGGUAGAGGGGAAGUAGGAGAUGUUGGGAGAAUAGCUGUGCCGGUGUGGGAGAUAGUGCUACCCCCCACCGGCAGUUUUCCAGCUUUGUUUCCAGGAUUUUUCUUGUUUCAUCAGGACGAUGACUGUGGGAACCUUCUGUAGUGUUGUUAAUCUAUUUGACUUAAUUUUUUGUUUCCAAGCGGACAACCUUGAAUUUGAAGGUUAUUGUAAUGUUGUAUGACAAACGUGUUGCCCCUGAAAUGAACACCUCAUUCAGAUGGUACUUUGUAAAUAUAGCAAGGCCAUGUGAUGAUAUGCAACAACUUGCUGAA